GUCUGUCUGAGCGCGAUGUAGUACGUGCUGCGGCCCUAAGUCACUGUGGUGGACCGAAACACGAAGCACCUCCUGCUGUCUGUCAGUCGCUAUCUGGGUCCACUAGGGCUCUCUGGAGAACCAGGAGCGACCCACCGCCGUCUGUCCGGACGGGACAACAACUUGCAAGAGUAAACGAGGGAAGGAGCGUGCAGCCUGGCAGAUACUGGCACAGCCUGUCAAGAUCAACUGAUUUGUUUGCUUCCUGUUUAUCAGCUUCUGACCAUUAUGGAGGACGAGCUGAUGUUCUCCAUGGAGGAGGAUGGCAGUGCCAAGAGACCUGCUGCCCAAGGUCCUGCCCCCAACCAGCGAGCGUCUUCCCUCAGCGACGCCAACGCCAGCGACGAUGAGGACGAUGAGGACGAUGAGGAUUUCUUUAUAUGUCCCAUCUUGGAUGAUUCAGCCAGAGAAAUCUGUCACUACAUGAAGUCUCUGGCCUACACCCGCCAACUGUCCGAUUCUCUUCCCAAAAACACCUUUACAUACAAGAGUGAAACAGAAAACCAGGCAGAACCUCGCUCAUACAGGGUUUUGUCUGAGAGUGCACGGGCGGCUUGGAAACAUGCCAUCGAGAAAGCCAGGGCAAUGCCGGACCCCUGGGCUGAGUUUCACCUGGAGGACAUUCAGACUGAACCCUGCGUUCGCUACAGGUAUAAUGCCAUCACCGGAGAGUGGAUUCAGGACCAAGUCCACAUCAAGAUGGCAGCUCAGCCCUUUGGAAAAGGAGCCAUGAGGGAGUGUUUCAGAACGAAGAAGUUGUCCAACUUCUCCCACAGCAGCAACUGGAAAGCUGCAUCUAAUUAUGUUUCCAAACGCUACAUGGAGAACGUGGCCAGAGACGUUUACUUUGAGGACGUGCGACUGCAGAUGGAAGCCAAACUCUGGGGGGAAGAGUACAACCGUCACAGGCCUCCCAAACAAGUGGACAUCAUGCAGAUGUGUGUGAUGGAAAUGAUCAACCGACCUGGGAAGCCACUCUUCCACCUGGAGCAUUAUAUCGAGGGCAAGUACAUCAAGUACAACUCCAACUCAGGAUUUGUGCGGGACGACAACCUCAGGCUAACUCCGCAGGCCUUCAGUCACUUCUCCUUUGAGCGGUCAGGUCACCAGCUGAUUGUGGUGGACAUCCAGGGGGUGGGGGAUCUCUACACCGACCCUCAGAUCCACACCGAGAAGGGGACUGACUUUGGCGAUGGGAAUUUAGGAGUGCGGGGGAUGGCGCUUUUCUUCCACUCACACCUGUGUAACAAAAUCUGCAAGAGCAUGGGUCUGGCACCUUUUGACCUUUCACCGGCUGAGAAGUCCCAGAUGGACAGCACUAACAAACUGCUGAAAUCGGCAAAGACGGUGCUGCGAGGCUGCGAAGAGAUCUGUGGUUCACCUCGUGUUCGUACCAUGUCAGGGAGUCGCGCUCCUCCUCUGCUCUCACGGCUCUCUGAAACAUCUUCAGCGGACGAGAGUAUGAGCGAUGUGGACUCCAUCCCCUGUUCUCCCUUUGAUGCACCCGGUUCUGUGGGCAAGUCUCCUGUGGCCGUAUCAUUUGCUGGAACGUUCGAGCAUGACAGAGUCAAUAACAACAACAUGGGUGAACACAAGGAAUCUGACAGUGGUGGGGACAGUGGGUACCCCAGCGAGAGGAGGAGUGAGGGAGAUCCAAAUGAUCACAUGGACGGGGCUCAUCAUCGCUACCAAAGACAUUAUUCCGAGUCGGAUGACGACAGUAUCAGAAGGAUGACAGAGGAGAAGUGGAGCUUCUUCCACUCAUCUCGCUCUCACGUUCACCGGCCGUCCUGUGUGGCCACGGAGGUGGAGCGCAUCAACGCGCUGCUGCAGAAGAAGAUAGGACAGUCCAUUCUGGGGAAGGUCCACUUGGCCAUGGUCCACUACCACGAAGCGGGCCGGUUCUGCGAGAAGGAUGAGCAGUGGGAUCGGGACUCGGCUGUGUUCCAUUUAGAGAGAGCAGCCCAGUGUGGUGAGCUGGAGGCCAUCGUGGCUUUGGGUCAGUGCUACCUACAACUGCCCCAUCACAUCCUGGACGACGUGGAGCUGGAGGAUAACGCAGGAAACAGGAUGAAGGGGUUCAAGUUCCUGCUGCAGGCCGCAGAGGCUGGUGACCGCUCGUCCAUGAUCACUGUGGCCAGAGCCUUUGAUACAGGCAUCAAUCUAUCAUCGGACAGGAAGCAAAACUGGGAGGAAGCCAUUCACUGGUACGACAGUGUGUUGAACAUGACAGAUGAUGAUGAGGGUGGGGAGUACGAUGGGAUGCAGAACGAGCCACGAUACCUGCUUCUGGCCAGAGAAGCCGAAAUGUAUCAAGACGGGGGCUACAGCUUGACAGCGGAUCCUCAGAAAGCAGGUGAUUUGUUUACAGAAGCCGCUGAGGCUGCCAUGGCAGCCAUGAAAGGUCGUCUUGCUAACCAGUACUACAUGAAGGCUGAAGAGGCGUGGGCACUCGUGGAGGAGUAACACAUGGCUGAUGUCAAAGGAAUUAACUGUUCAGUCCAACGUAGUGAGGACUCUUCCUGAAUACUUAACGUUUACAUAUUUUUUAUUACAGUUUUUGCUAACGGUGCUCCGUAUGUCUGAGUUUGUGUGUGUGACAUGCCAUCUUUUGUCCUGUGUGGAACUCUUCCCUUCGUUUUCUCUGUUCAUGUGAGAAAGGAAGGGGUGAAACUAAAGAAAAAGAGUUUGCUGACUUUGCUGCUGGAAUGAACAUGCAUUUACAUGGAUGAAUGUAAGAAAAACAAAGAAUUAAAGCGUUGCUUUUAUGAAAAUGUGUUUU